AUGGCGACGCUGACGGCCGAGUUUCGGCAAGCCUCGCGCGGCUUCUUCAUCCUCACCAACUCGCGCGCCCUACCCCCGCUCGCCGCCGAGAAGCUCAUCCGCGAGAUCUGCGAGAACGUCGCGCAGGCCGCAACCGCCACAGGUCAGUCCGUCGACAUCGUCCUCCGCGGCGACAGCACGCUGCGCGGCCACUUCCCGCUGGAGGCGGACGUCGCCGAGUCCGUGUUCGGCCCCACCGACGCCUGGGUGCUGGCCCCGUUCUUCUUCCAGGGCGGCCGCUACACCAUCGCCGACGUGCACUACGUCGCCGAGGCCGACGCCCUCGUCCCCGCCGGCGCUACCCAGUUCGCCCGCGAUGCUACCUUCGGCUACCGCAGCUCCAACCUCCGCGACUACGUGCAGGAGAAAGCGCCCGGGCGGUUCGCUGCGGGGCAGCUGCAUUCCGUGUCGAUCGAGGACAUCCGCGCAGGCGGGCCGCGCGCGGUCUACGAGCGGCUGAAGAGCGUGCCGAAAGGCAGCGUGGUCAUCGUCAACGCCGCCGCCGAGUCCGACAUGCACGUCUUUGUGGCUGGCCUGCUGCUCGCCGAAGCCGAGGGGAAACGCUUCCUGUACCGCACCGGCGCUGCCUUCGUCUCGACCCGUCUCGGGGUCCGCGCGAAGCCCCCCAUCUCCGCCGCGGAGCUGCAACUGCCCCGACCCCGGACUACGGGCGGGUUGAUCAUCGCCGGCUCGUACGUGCCCAAGACGACGGCGCAGCUGAAGGUGCUGACGGAUCGGCGCGGCGGCGCGGGCGCGCUGGCCAUCAUCGAGAUGGACGUCGAGAGGCUGAUUGCGUCGCCCGAGAGCGCGGAGCAGGUUGUCCGGCAGGUGGUGCAGGAGACGGAGGCGCAUCUCCAGGCCGGCCAGGACACGCUGGUCAUGACGAGUCGAAAGCUCAUCACGGGCGACAAUGAGCUGUCGUCGUUGGCGAUUGGGACAAGUGUGGCUCAGGCGCUGGUGCAGGUCCUCCAGCGUAUCCAGGUGCAGCCGCGAUACAUCAUUGCCAAGGGCGGCAUUACCUCGUCGGAUGCGGCGACGAAGGGCCUGAAUGUGAAACGCGCGUGGAUCGUGGGACAGGCGGCGCCGGGCGUGCCGCUGUGGCGAUGCGAUGAGCCUACCUCGCGGCAUCGCGGAGUGCCCUUUGUCGUGUUUCCUGGGAAUGUUGGCGGAGAAGCGACUUUGUUCAAGACAACGACUUCGGGAUACGAAUUCCUGAUUCCAGCCAUCCACCUCGAGGUCAUCUCGCCAGCGACGUCUAUCCCGCGGGCUUCAACCGACUCCCCUCUACCUACACCUGAGAGAGAUGGACGUCCCCAAGAUACGGUGGAGAGCAACGCUCCAGCAGAAGGGCAACCGGUCUUUACGCACGCCCAACUGCGGGCGACGACGAAGACGCGGCAGAUAGCAAUCACUGCGUUGAUCAUCCUGUCGAAUCUGAUUCAGAACAUCCAGAUGACAGUCAAUUUCGCCGGAGUCGCCGGCGGCAGACAACUAGGCGAAGCCCUACACGUCAAAGAGACCCUCACGCAAGGCACAUUCGUGCUCAUGAGCGGCCGCGUCGGCGACGUCUACGGCCACCGGAAAAUCCUCCUAUGCGGCGGCGCAUGGCUGACGGCGUGCACGCUGGCCAGCGCCUUCUGCACGGACUUCUACGCCUUUGUCUCGAUGCGCGCGCUGUCCGGCGUCGGCGGGGCCUGCAUCAUGCCCAACGCGGUCGCCAUGAUCGCGACUACGAAUCCGCCGGGGCGCGUGCGCAACCUCAGUCUGGGGUUGUUUGGGGCGUCGGCGCCGCUGGGCGGGUAUCUGGGGGCGCUGUUUCUGGGCGCGUUUCUCGAGCGGACGGACUGGAAGUGGUUCUUUGUUUUUAUUGCUGGGCUUGGUGCGGUCACGUUUGUCGUUCUCUGGGUGCUCAGUCCGCGAGAGCCGGCUGUCGAUAGACACGGCAAGAUUGACUGGGUUGGAUCGGCGCUGGGGACGGGCGCGUUGAUCCUGUUCAAUUUCGUCUGGAACCAGGCACCGAGCGUGGGCUGGUCGACCCCGUACGAGAUCGCCCUCCUGAUCAUCUCAAUCGUCCUCUUCGCGCUGUUCAACGCAUGGGAAAAGUACGGCACCGCGCACCCGAUCAUGCCGCUGGACAUCUUCCGCGCGCCAUGCUUCCUCACGCUGCUGCUGGUCGUCCUGCUGAACUACAUGGCGGUCGGCACGCUGAUCUGGUACCAGGUGCUGUGGCUGCAGGACGUGUGGCGGUGGACGCCGCUGCAGUUCGCGGUGGGCUGGACGCCGUUCGUCGUGUGCGGCACGGCGGCGGCCUGCCUGGCGGCGUGGCUGAUUCCGCGGCUGGCAGCGCAGUGGAUUCUGGCCAUCGGCACCGUCACCAUCCUCGUGUCGACGGUGCUGAUGGCCACCGUGCCGCUGCGCCAGUCGUACUGGGCCCAGAUCUUCCCGUCCGUCGUGCUGUUUGCCUUCUGCCCGGACCUCGUCUACACGGCUGGUCAGAUCAUCGCCAGCAACUCCGUGCGCCGCCACCAGCAGGGCAUCGCCGGGUCGAUCAUUGGUACACUGAAUCUGUAUGGGAACAGCCUGGGGCUGGGGUUUGCGUCGACUAUCGAGGUGCAGAUUGCGCGUGCGUACGACAGCCCGGUGCUAGGGUACCGCGCGGCGCUCUAUUUUGGCGUGGGCAUCAGCGUUGUCGCGCUGCUGCUGGAUGUCUUCUUUGUACGGUUGGUCAAGGACGAGCGCGAGGGCUGGGAAGAGGACGUCGACCUGGUGGAUGUGAGCGAUCGUGCAGCGGCGACGGGAGCUCAACUGCCCAGCCAGGGAGUAGCCUGA